UUAAAAAUGUAAACAAAGUUUGAGUUUGCUAAAAAUAAAGUUUAGACUUUAAAUUUGGUUUAUUUAGUUAUUUCUUGUAACAAUGGCCACAUAUCCAUCUGCCAAAUUCAUGGAGUGCCUGCAAUAUGCGGCUUUGAAGCACCGGCAGCAACGGCGCAUGGACCCUCAGGAAACCCCAUAUGUGAACCAUGUGAUCAAUGUGAGCACUAUUCUCUCCGUGGAGGCCUGCAUUACAGAUGAGGGAGUCCUAAUGGCUGCACUUUUGCACGAUGUCGUGGAGGAUACGGACGCAUCUUUCGAGGAUGUUGAGAAACUCUUUGGACCGGAUGUUUGUGGACUAGUGAGGGAGGUGACGGACGACAAGUCCCUGGAGAAACAGGAGAGAAAACGCCUGCAAAUAGAAAAUGCAGCCAAAAGUAGCUGCAGAGCGAAGCUCAUAAAGCUGGCCGACAAACUGGAUAACCUAAGGGAUCUGCAAGUCAACACACCGACAGGAUGGACACAGGAGCGUCGUGAGCAGUACUUCAUUUGGGCCAAAAAGGUGGUGGACAAUUUGCGAGGAACCAACGCCAACCUGGAACUUAAGCUGGACGAGAUCUUCCGCCAACGCGGCCUUUUGUAAAAUCAAAAACUAUUCAAUUACAGAUGAACCUGCUUAA